AUGGUGUCUCCCCUCCCCCACAGCGAGAAGUUACCAGGUGAAUACUUCAGGUACAAGGGCAUUCCCUUCCCCGUGGGCCUCUACUCACCUGACAGCAUCAGCAUCGUGGAGAACGCGUCCGACGUUCGGGACGACGACAUCUUCAUUGUCACCUACCCCAAGUCAGGCACCAACUGGAUGGUGGAGAUCGUCAGCUUAAUCCUGAAGGACGGGGAUCCCUCUUGGAUCCGCUCGGUGCCUAUCUGGGAGCGGGCGCCUUGGUGUGAGACCAUCAUGGGCGCUUUCAGCCUCCCGGACCAGUCCAGCCCUCGCCUCAUGAGCUCACACCUCCCCAUCCAGCUCUUUACUAAGGCCUUCUUCAACUCCAAGGCCAAGAUGAUCUACCUGGGCCGGAACCCCCGGGACGUGGUGGUCUCCCUCUAUCAUUACUCCAAGAUUGCCAGGCAAUUGAAGGACCCCGGCAAGCCCGAACAGUUCCUGCAGGACUUCCUCAAUGGCGAAGUGCAAUUCGGCUCCUGGUUCGACCACAUUAAGGGCUGGAUUCGGCUGCAGGGCAAAGAGAACUUCCUGUUUAUCACCUAUGAGGAGCUGCAUCAGGACCUCUGCGGCUCCGUGCAGCGCAUCUGCGAGUUCCUGGGUCGGCCGCUGAGCGAGGAGGCGCUGGGCUCGGUCGUGGCGCACUCGUCCUUCGGCGCCAUGAAGGCCAACACCAUGUCCAACUACACACUGCUGCCUCCCAGCCUGCUGGACCACCGCCGCGGGGCCUUCCUCCGGAAAGGGGUCUCCGGCGACUGGAAGAACUACUUCACCGUGGCGCAGAGCGAAGCGUUCGACCGCAUCUAUCGCGAGCAGAUGCGGGGGCAGCCAACCUUCCCCUGGGACGAGGCCCCGAAGGACGCCAGCCCGGACCUCGAGCCCAGCCCCGACCCUAGUCCUGGCCAGGCCCCCGAGACCCCCUACCAUUGACGCUGAGAAUAAACAUAUGGCUC